GUACUUGUCAACAGUGCAUAACAGAGACAAGACUAAUCGCCCAAGCGGCUAAUGAGCCGAUCAGUAGUGAAGAGGAUAAAAGUAAAAGACUUUAAUGAGGAGUGGCCGUCAGUGUCCGUCUCUUACCACAGUACUAUGCAUGGCAUUCUACACGGAAUUGACACUGAAUUAUAUCUCGGACACUUUAGCGAAUGAAACAAAAACACCGUGAACCCAAAAUAUGCUGAUUAAUGCAACACCCAGCCAAUGUACAUUCAUCACACACUCCUUCUUCCAACUGGCCACGAACGCUGAUUAGUGCAUGAGUAUUACGUCACAUCAGCACUCACGCUGAUUGGCCAAAUAUUAUGCUUUACCUUUUUUUACUUUUACUUGAAAACUGUAAAUUUCCGAUGGAAACGUUAUAGAAUAAAUUAUUUUUAUUUAUUUUUUCUUGAUCUCCCCACAUGUGACACUAUAUUCAGUUGCCUGGUGUCAUUUUCUAAAUAUUGACCAAUGUUUAUUUCUAAAAUAAACAUACCCUAACCUUAGUGGGUAUGAAAAACAGACCUUCUCAACUUAGCCAAACAAACCUACCUAACCUUAACUACCUUACCUCCUAGUAUAUUAAACACAAAGAACUUACUAUGAUAUGGUAUAAUUUGAGUUUCUCUGGAUGUGAGACCAGUUGGCAGCAUCGGCGCUUAUGCAGUCCGGGUGGCGGAGUGAUUUGUUAUUGAGAUGGCGGGAAACGGUGAGCCACGGCGUUGAGGAAGUGAUGAAUGAUUGUUUCAUUCAACAACUGACUUGGCUUACAAACCCAGUUCUAUUUAAAGGAACGAUGCUGGGGUCUUUGAAAAACUGACGGGUCUCGUCUUUAUCCCUAAAUUUGCAAAUUUCACCUGCAUAAGACCGGCGACAACCUUCAGACGUCAUGCUGAAAAUGAAACUGCUGUAGGGAGGAAAGGAGACUGUGAAAGGUGUUAAAGAGCAACAAUGAACGGGUGUGUCAUAGAAGGAACACCAAUAGCUAUCGAUUUCUGGAAACCUACAAAAGCACCCCAG